GUAGAUUCAUUUGAAAUUAGUUUUAUGUUACUGCGCAAUUUUCCACCUCGUUUAAUGACCGGAUGUAAAUGUACCGGUUUUUCCUCCUCUCCUUUCUGAUAGCUGAAUUCGUUUGUAUUCAUGGAGAUCAGAUGAAGAUUUCCAUACCAAUGAAUUCCUCAGGAAGUGAUAAAUUUUAUUUAUGUAGGACUUUAUUCACAUACAUGAAUUUCAGAGACCGGUACAAGGCGAUUUUUCAAGAUAUAACAGGGUACAAGCAGCUUGAGAGAAUUCUUCUCAAUUUUAAUGAGAUUCCAUCAAAACUUAUACAAUUCAACAAAAAUCAACUGAUGGAUUUCGCAAAACUAAACGAUAUUAUAGACAUGGAACUUUAUACCCAUGGGUCGACCUUUUACAACAGUCUUGAGGAAAUGUUCAAAACGUUACCAAGAGAAAUAUCCUAUGGCGUAGUUGACCAACAUCUACAAAAUCUCAUGAUUUCUAUUCUGACCUACGAUACAAGAAAAAUGAGAUUUGGUUACUCAGCCUCAGAAUUACAACACUGUUUCAAGAUGAACGACUUUGCAGCUCAGUCAGUGAAUGUUUUUGACCUUCUCUCUCUUAACUGGUUUAAAGCUUUCAGUGCUGGUCUCACGCGGUACGUAAAUACGCGCAAAACAUUGCAAAUGAUGAAGACAACUUUAAAUGCUGGACCUAGUAGAUCGUGCAUUCAAUGUAUGAGAGAUCUUAGUCUGGGUUGUCCAAUGUUAGAUGAAUGCUUCACAACCAAUACUAAACAAAUAUGUUCAAAUCCAUGCAACAAAUACUGUAUAAAUGUUUUUCGUGGAUGUUUAGCUCCAUUUCUCUUAUUAUCUUCUUCUAAACAAUCCAUUUAUUUAAAUGAAAAAUCAAUUUGGAGCAGUUCAAACCCGGUUCAUUUUGGUGAUUUAAGUUACUUAUUAAAUGCUACUACUGUGUAUCAUUUAAUUAAAAAAGGAAUUAAAGAGACCGAUGAAAAUGGAGCCCUGAUACAAGCAAAACUUGAAAAGUUUUGUAGAAAAAAUCAAUCACCUACAUCACAAACUACUACAGAUUUGUUCAGUAAUUUAAAUGGAAAUGAUCAUACACUAAAUCAAACAACUAGACAUUAUUUGCCAUUUAAUAUUGCAGAAUAUGACAAAUUAAAUCAUUUCAUUCAAAAAGUUGCAAAAGAUUUAAAUUCCUAUUUUUAUGAUAGAAAUGAUAAAAUUCAUUAUAUGAAUAGUAUUGAAUUACUUUAUUGUUCACAGGAAGAUAAAAACCAAUGCUGGAAUGGAUCAUCAUUUGAUCGAUAUACACGUGAAGUUCCAGAAUUCACUAUAGAUGGCCAGUUAAAUAAUCCUGAAGUGAAAAUCACAAACAAUGAUUUAAAAAUGAACAACUUUCCAAAAGAGAAAAAUGCUAUACAGAAAGAAAUGGCUGAUGAACAAAAUACUGAAAAGCUGAACAUGAUAAAUGAUAUUGCAUCAGUUGAUCCUGCAUUGAAUCACAAGAAACAGCCACAUAAUGAAGAUUUAUUCAUUUCAGAAUCAAGUGGUCUAAAUCCGUCACUUUCAUCAAUUGAUGUAGAUCUACCACGAAUACAGUCACCAUUUGUUGUUGAAUCAAAUCCAUCCAACUAUUUGCCUGAAACUGAUGAUAAAAAACAACCACGACCAGAAGGUGUCAGUACAGAUGAUCUAACAAAUCAAAUUAUAGUACAAGGUUGUUUUGUAGAUGAUGAAGAUUGUGAAUUAAAUAUUGCCGAUGGGUCGAUUGAUAUAAGUAGUGAUGAUGACAAACAAUACAAUGAAAAUGAAACUUUCUAUAAUAAUUCGGAAUUUGAUAAGAAAAAAUCACAAGAUGAACUAGUGAAUAUUAACCAAACAGACAAAGAAACCAACAAUAAAACUAAAAUAUCCUCAGCGAAAGUAUUGAAUUCUACAACACAUACCAACACUUCGACAAAUUCAACAUUUAAAGAAAAUACUAGUAGUCCCAGCAAGAAAAUUUCUUCCACUCUAAUUGGUUUUAUUUGUAUUUUCUCUAUAAAAUUUAAUUCAUUCACCAGAUUCUAUCAUUUUUGAACAAUGUUAUAUAAGCAGAGUUUUUAAUAAAUUGUAUUCAAAGUUCUACUAAUAUGAAGAAGAGUAAUCAAUCAGAAGGGCAUUUUUCAGCUUUCAAACUUUGCUUUUUUUUUCUUUUCUCUUUUAAAAAAAACUUUAUAAGCUAUUUUUCAUUGUUUGGGUGAUGCAGUCAGUAGUUUGUGCGUUUCAGAUUACAUAUAUAUUUGAAAAAAAAACAACGUGACCAGUGUGAUAAAUGAAUGGUUUUUCUUUUUACAUUAAAUCUCUCUCCAUUUUUUUUCAAUGCGUUUACUUACUUAAUUUUUUUUCCUCAAUCAUGGAUUUAAAUUUGUUUGUCAUCUUCAUGUUUUAUUUUUUAUGCCUUUCUUACACAAAUCUCAUUGAUAAUAAUCAUUAUCAUAAUAAUGACACUGUGUUUACAUUGAGAUCAUGACAAACAUUGAUGAUUGAUGGUGUUGUUGUUGUUGCUGAUUCGAUUAUCUAUUUUAAAAAUGAUUUUUAUUUAGAAUAAACAUGUAAAUUUAAAUAAAACUAUGUUAACUACGGUUAAAAA